AUGUUUGAACAUGUCAAAGACACCAAUAAUAUUGAUAUCAAGAAUUUGAGUCGUAACCCAAAAAACUUUUGCGUGUCGUGUGUUUCGAGGCCACGCCCUCUGCGUUUUCCUCCGCGCGUUGACUUCAUACCAAACUCAUACUUUGCAUUCCGCAUUUAUUCUGUCAAAGAAGACUGUUUUUUUUCCUUCAUUUUUGUGUUUUGCCCUGGGACUAGCAGCGUGUGUGCGGGUGUGCUGGGAGCAGCAGAGUGUCCGGGCAGCGGCAGCGCCGUAGCGAGGUGUGUUGUGGCCAGAACCGUCAUCAUUGCGUCGGAGUGGAGUUGCCGUGGCAGCCCUGAUGGGGCGCAGGAGGAUAGUGGCAAUGGAGAUGCACUUGCAGAUGGGGCAGACCGUGGAUUGGAUGGGGACCCUGAAGGGGUAUGGAGUCCAGACAUUGAGCAGAGCUUUCAGGAAGCUCUGGCCAUCUACCCUCCUUGCGGCAGGAGGAAGAUCAUCCUAUCAGACGAGGGGAAGAUGUAUGGUCGAAAUGAGCUGAUAGCUCGCUAUAUAAAGCUUCGAACAGGGAAGACGCGCACACGCAAACAGGUAUCAAGUCACAUUCAAGUUUUGGCACGUAAGAGGGUGCGAGAAUACCAGGCAAGCAUCAAGGUCUCUAGUCACCUACAAGUUUUGGCCAAGAGAAAAUCUCGUGAGAUUCAGUCUAAGCUCAAGGCUAUGAACUUGGACCAGGUAUCCAAAGACAAGGCACUGCAGACGGUAGCCAACCUCUCGUCAGCUCAGAUCGUGUCUGCAAGUGUAAUGAAACCUCAGACUCCCUUCCCUCCUCCCGUCAGAUUUUGGCCCAGCCCUGUACCAGGACAGCCUGGACACUCUCAGGACAUCAAACCCUUUGCCCAGCCUCCGUACACUACACUACCAGCCCCGGUCCCUCCACCCAUCAGUUAUGAUGCCCUGCCACCUCCCCGGCCUGCAGCAAUAGCAGCUCCUGUGUGGCAAGACAGAACCAUUGCCUCACCAAAACUACGGCUACUGGAGUAUUCUGCGUUUAUGGAGACUCAGAGAGAUCGAGAGACGUAUACGCACCUUUUUGUACACAUUGGGCCAUCAAACCCAGGCUACAGUGACCCUGUAUUGGAGUCUAUAGAUGUCCGGCAGAUUUACGACAAAUUCUCUGAGAAGAAAGGAGGCCUGAAAGAGCUGUAUGAAAAAGGGCCACACAACUCGUUCUUUCUCGUCAAGUUCUGGGCGGAUCUGAGCAGUGACAUCGAGGAGGGUUCGAGUGCGUUCUAUGGAGUGAGCAGCCAGUACUGUGGAACUGAGAAUAUCACUAUAAGUGUCUCUACAAAGGUCUGCUCUUUUGGCAAACAGGUUGUGGAAAAGGUUGAGACUGAAUAUGCACACUUGGAAGGAGGGAAGUACAUGUUCCGCAUCCAUCGUUCACCCAUGUGUGAAUAUAUGAUCAACUUCAUCCACAAACUGAAACACCUGCCAGAGAAGUACAUGAUGAACAGUGUGCUGGAGAACUUCACCAUCCUGCAGGUGGUGUCCAACAGAGAGACUCAGGAGACUCUGCUGUGCAUUGCCUUUGUGUUUGAAGUGUCCACGAGCGAACACGGAGCGCAGUACCAUGUUUAUCGACUAGUCAACGACUAGCGGCAUGUUGCCUGCGUGCAUGCAGAGACUCUUCAGACUUUUUGAUACAUACAGCUUAAACACUAUUUCCAGCUCAACACACAGAACUCCCUCCCCUACAUUAAACUCACAUGUUUUAUCAGACCAACCAUCACACUGUAGUCACACCUGUUGCUUGUUUAAUGCAUAUGUCUUUCCAUUGCUGCAAGUGUGGACGGAUCUCAUAGCACCCCUGAGUCAGCCACCUGUGACAGACGUUUCAUUUUCAAUGUCAAAAUUAAGUUGGCAGGCAGUAUCUGAAAAUUUGCAGAGCAAAACAGAAAGGCCUUAUAUGACGUGUUCACUUAGAUCCUUCCAUCAUGCUUUUAAACUUUGAAACAGUGGGAUUGUAGCUGUGAUGCACUAUAAUUCUAUAUUACUGGUCCCACAGAUUUUUAAUUGUUUUUAACCCCAGCAUAUGCAUUUACAACAGAGGUGAGACUUAUGUGAGAUGAGUUUGAAUAUAAUUUGACAAACGGAUCAUUUAAUCACUGUUAAUGUAAUCUGCCACAAUGACUAUUUCUUCUACGGUUUGUAUAAUCUUUGAUAGGUACAAUUUGAAUCAGCCCUGUAUGGUGUAUCCUCUGUUACAGCCUCGUGUGGAAUCGGUCUGUUCAAAGAUCCAAGGAUCAUAUUGCAGAAAGUCUGCCUCUUCUCAGAAAACAAUGCACUACAUGUAAAGAUGUGCAUGUCGUAUUUAUUUUUAAACAAUAUCAAGUGUGAAGAGUGAGCAAAGAUUUGAGACUAUUUGCUGUUUAGAGAUUUAGAGAGGUUACUGGAGGGAAAAUCUCAAGGAGGUGUGCAAAAUGUUGACAAAAUGUUGUUUUUUUUGUUUGUUUUUUA